AUGUCUUUCUUGUUGCGCAACAACAGGAGAAACAAGAAUUCGAAUCCCGUCGGCACUGUUCCUCGUCGACCAGCAUUUGGCUCGGACCGACGAAUCAUUCCGGAGCCACGGAAUCCAUCCUCGCUUCGCAACAAGAACCAGCACAAUACAAAUGCACAAUCAAGCUUCGAUUAUGGGAAUCAAGUUCAGGUGCAGCGCACCGUCCAGGUGCAGCGGCCUUCUGUUUCUACCAAACAUGCCACCGCCACUGUUCAACAACAACAACAAGAUCCUGGAGUCAUUACCAUGUCCGAAGUCCUCGAGGAUCUCCGAGUCUUGGAAAUGCAGCAGCGAGAUUCGCAACGCAAGCUCACCAAUGCGCAAAUCACCAAGCAGAAUCGUGUGCAGCAGCAGGCCACUCUGGAGGUGCAACUGGAACAAACCAAGUACGCCAAUGGGGAACUGCGAGCCCAGAUUCGCCAGUUCCGGGAAUUUCUUUCCUGCGGAACAAGAGAAUUGGGCACUCGUCGACUUGCUGGAAGUCGAUCGGGGGAUGAUAUCAAGGCCUUUGAGCAGCAACUCAAGCGAGGCCUCCAAGCGCAACGGACCAAUACAACUCUAGUUCGAAAGAUUAGCUCACUGAUUAUCGGUCUGCAAAACAAGGAAGCAAUUCUCCAACGACUCAAUGCCGAGUCGAAGGAAAAGUUUGCUCUGUUGGAAAAGGACUGCCUGGAUGCCAAGCUCGCUGAAGAGAAGUUGCGCAAGUCAGUUCAGAAUGAAGUCUCCAGGGCGCACAAGAUUGCGGAUGAGGUGACACAAAUUCGCAGCAAGAGCUCGGCUUUGGAAGAAGAGCUCCUCUCAGCCCAAAGCUCGGAAGAAUCUACUCGACUUCGUGUCCAAGCCAUUGAUGGCGAGUUGGAAUCGGAAGCCAAACGCCACACGGACGCCAUGAAUGAAAUGCAAAGCCAAAUCCAAAAGUACGAACAAGAGACACUCACUUCCGAGGCGGAAAAUAAGGAAUUUGCUUCUCAAAUGGAAAAGCUAUCUAAAGAACUCCUCGAACACAAGAAAGGAGUUGUCGCCAUCCAAGAAAAGGAAGGCCAUGCUCUCAGCUCCUACUCGAAUGAUUUCCAAGAAGCGAUUCCAUCUCUUGAAAAGAAGAAGUUCUCUGCCAUCCUAGAAAAGGUGCAAUCCAGUGCCAGUACCAAGAAAUCCGAAAAUGAAGAACUUCGUGCCAAACUCGAUUCCAUUCGUGCGAGCAUCCAACAAAGCAAGGAAGACGCUCAGAAGAGUCACGAUCAAGCCAAGUCUUUGACUGAUUCUGCUCGAUGCGAAGAAGUCACACAAAAGACUCGGAGCGACGCGGUCUCCACAUUUCAACAGGAAUUGGAGAAGGAGCGCUCUGAAGUCGUGGAGUUGCGCAAGUCGUCAUUGGAACUUCAAGAAGAACAGAGCAAGGAAUCCACUGAGAAUUCCGGUCGUCUCGUCAAGAUUGAUGGAGACAUCAAGAAGGACAAGGACACAGUCGAGUCUCUGUCCAAUCAAAUCACCGCAAUCGCUGAUAGCGAGAAGAUACUUGAGGAAGCUUUUGAGUCCGAGUCGAGUGAUCUCAAUUGCCGCUUGAAGGCAAAGAAAGAAGCGAUCCAAUCGUUGGAUAUUGAAUUUGCUCGGACCGAAACCGAAGAAAAAACAACAAACAAAGAAUUCGAGAAAAACCACGAAGCGGAGUUGCAGCGGACCGAGGAGAAGCGACUGGCUCAUUUGGAGCAGGUAGUCGCCGAAAGGACUAAGCUAUUCAAGCAGUAUCCAUCAUUGAAAGAUAUCGUCGUCCAGUAUGACCAUUCCAGAACAAUGGAGGAUCAAGCCCAGGAAGCACUGCACUCUUUGACGGAAGCAUUGGAAGCGAAGAUCGAUGCUACUGCACGCGCCCGAGAGGGCAGAGAGAAAGAGAAGCGAGACGCAAUUCGCAAAGCAGCAGAAGCCGAAGCUGCCGUCCGUAGGAAGGAGGAACGUAGAAGAGAGAAUCGCGAGAAGCGAUUGGCCGAAAUCCAACGCGAAGAGGAGGCGGAACGACCUCGAACCGAAAGCAGCAUUGAUGCCCUGUUCGCCGAAGUCGAAGAGCAGGGCGAUGACGAAACCAUCGAUUCAAAGCGAGGUAGUGAAUCAAGUCUUGUUGGCCGAAGCAAAACACGAAGCAAGAAGAAGAAGAAGAGAAAAGAUGCCGAUUUCUACGACCCAUUUGAAGAGAGUGCUUUAUCGGAUACAGAGACAUCUCCAGCGGAACCGAAGCUGCUUUUUCCACAGUAUGAAGCCGAAGACUAUUCACUAUCGACGUACAAUUCUACAAUGCAAACACAGGAUAGUGAGAAGAGAGUUCGUUGGAAAGAUCAAGAUAGACUAUCCCAGGACGCGUCCGCGAAGAGUCGCAGCAAGCCGAGUGUACGCCAAAGCCGAAGGUAUGGCUCAUCUACUCAGAGUAUGAGCUCGGCCUCGACCAAGGCCUCCAAUAGUCGCACUUCUCGAUCUAGCAAGUCAAGCGCAACUCGUGCAUCUCCAAAACUGGAUCAUUAUGAUGAUUUGCUGAAUUCUGAGUCUGUUGAAGACACAGCGAGCAAGCGCUCGAGCUCCACCAAGUCUUCUACCAGCCGCACUUCUCGAUCUAGCAAGUCAAACGCAAGUCGCACAUCUCCCAAACUGGAUCACUAUGAUGAUUUGCUCAAUUCGGAAUCCAUUGACGACGCUACAAGCAAGCGUUCGACCAAGCCUUCCACCAGUCACACUUUUCGUUUCAACAAACCCAGUACGAGUCAUACAUCUCCUAAACUUGAUCACUAUGAUGAUUUGCUCAAUUCUGAGUCCAUUGACGAUGAAGUAAGCAAGCGUUCAACCAAGCCGUCCACCAGUCGCAGUUCUCGUUCUAGCAAGUCAAGCAAAACUCGUACAUCUUCGAAACAGAAAAACUAUGUCAAUCUACUCAAUUCUGGAUCUUUCGAAGAUACAGCAACGUCAGUCGUCGAAGAUGGCCCGAACUCCACCGAAAGCAAGGACGAACUUGAUAAAUAUUUGCCAUCGAAGGAAAAGAGUUUGGACAUGCCUCAAGACUAUACAUUAGAUGGAUCCAGUGAAGGUGAUAGCUGGAAAGCGCAAAUAAAAUCUGCAGAGAAGACCUUUCGACGACGUUCAAUUUCAUCAAAGCGAGAAGAGAAAUCUCAUUUCGAUUCUCUCAUGGCUGUUCCUGAUGUCUCUGAUCGCCGCAGCCAUUCAUCUGCUACAAAGCGACGAAAGAGAAAGAAAUCGAGUACCGAACCAAGAUCCCGAGACGACUUUGCAUCUAUUGAAUUGGGCGUUGACGAUGAGCCAAAGAAAAUACACCGGGACGAUCGAUCACCGUACCGCAAUGAAAUUGAUGUCGGCGCCAGUCUUGAAAGUGGAUCGACGAAAUCUCGAACCAAGACGAAGAAACAUGGUUCCGACAAGUCAAACGAUGAGAUUUCCAAGAAGAGUCCAAAAGAUCGCAAGAUCGAGCGCGACCCCCAAAGUAGGUCUAGUACUCAUGAUUUCGGAGACGGAGAUGCCUACAAGUCUCGGUGGAAGGAAGUGAAGGAAGACGGCGGGGAGAAGGUAUCUCAUCGACGAAAGUCUUCGGAAAAGCCUCAUUCCACAUCAAGCUCCUCGCAACCUAUUGACACCGAGACAGGCAAGUCCCAUUCUUCCAGACUAUCAAAAGGAAGAAUCAAGUCCAAAGUGUCUACUUCGAGCAUCGGUCGCUCGAUUUCUUCGGAUUCCAAGUCAAAAAGAUCCAAAGACGCCACGACUGUGUCUCGCGCUUCGAGUAGUAGAUCUCGGAAGGCACCAACAGGUUCCAAGACGACCGACGGAUCGAAGAAGCGCAAACUAUCCUCGAUUAGUACUUCCCAAGUUUCUGAUGCCACUGGGCGAAGCCAAAAAGCAAGACGCCGAAAGAAGGAGACUGCUGCGUCCAGCAAGACUGCAUCGAAAUCCUCGGCGGUCGUUGGGGGCUCGUAUGACUUCCACUUCUAA